UGGGCGGGGCGUUAUAUACCCAAACAGAUGGGAAUCGAGCUUUGUCUCCAGGCUGUCAGUGUUAUCUCGACAGACUGUGACUGUUUCUCAUUGAGCUCCUCUUGUCGGUUUAUUCGCACGGCAGUGGCGUUGCAUUGACGGACUCGUUGUAUAAACACAUCGCGGGGUUCGUGUUGUCAUCUCGAUGCUGGAUCGAACCGACUCGCUCCGGAGAGAAAGCCGAGACGGAACAAUACCUUGCGUAUCGUCGCCAAGUGAAUAUCAGUUUUCAUCCGCAGCUUUUACAGGACUGAGACUGUGACAGCGCGCAACCAAGCGUUGUCCUAAAGGAAACGAAACGCCAGUUGCCAUAGACGCUUUUUGUUCAAAAACAGCAAUGCCGGGGUUUGAUUACAAGUUCCUGGAGAAACCCAAACGGCGCUUUCAGUGCCCUCUGUGUAGCAAAGCGAUGAGGGAACCCGUCCAGGUUUCCACAUGUGGACACAGAUUUUGCGACACCUGUCUACAGGAAUUUCUCAGUGAGGGGGUCUUCAAGUGCCCGGAGGACCAGCUACCACUGGAUUAUGCCAAGAUCUACCCUGACCCUGAGCUUGAACAGCAGAUACUUGCGCUGCCCAUCCGUUGUAUUCACAGUGAAGAAGGCUGCCGCUGGACCGGCCAGAUGAAACAGUUACAGAGCCACUUCUCCACCUGCGCCUUCAACGUCAUCCCAUGCCCCAACCGCUGCGCCGUCAAGCUGACGCGCAGAGAUCUGCCCGAGCAUCUGCAGCACGACUGCCCCAAACGCAAGGUCAAGUGUGAGUUCUGUGGCAGCGAGUUCACAGGAGAGGCCUUUGAGAACCACCAGGGCAUCUGUCCACAAGAGAGCGUAUACUGCGAGAACAAGUGCGGAGCAAGAAUGAUGAGAAGACUCCUGUCCCAACACACAAUGAGCGAAUGCCCCAAACGCACCCAACCCUGCAAAUAUUGUGGCAAAGAAUUCGUCUAUGAUACCAUCCAGAACCAUCAGUACCACUGCCCUCGCUUCCCCGUGCAAUGUCCCAAUCAAUGCGGGACGCCGAACAUCGCAAGGGAGGAUCUGGCCAAUCACGUGAAGGAGAACUGCGGCAGCGCUCUCAUCCUCUGCCCCUUCAAAGAAGCCGGCUGUAAACACAGAUGCCCGAAAAUGGCCAUUAGUCGACAUCUCGAGGAGAGCACAAAGUCGCACCUAACAAUGAUGUGCAGCCUUGUAGGCCGUCAGCGGCAAGAAAUCAUUGAGUUGAGACGGGAAAUGGAAGAGCUGUCGGUCAGUCACGACGGCGUUCUCAUCUGGAAGCUGACCGACUACUCGCGCAAGCUCCAGGAGGCAAAACUUCGCAACAACCACGAAUUCUUCAGCCCUCCCUUCUACACGCACCGCUACGGCUACAAGCUGCAAGUAUCGGCUUUCUUAAACGGAAACGGCAGCGGCGAGGGAUCGCAUCUUUCCAUCUACAUCCGCGUGCUGCCCGGCGAGUACGACAGCCUGCUGGAAUGGCCCUUCUCCUACAAGGUGACCUUCUCGAUCAUGGACCAGAGUGACCCGUCGCUGUCUAAACCUCAGCAUAUCACGGAAACCUUCAAUCCGGAUCCCAACUGGAAGAACUUUCAGAAACCGUCUAGUAGCCGGAACUCGCUGGACGAGAGCACGUUGGGAUUCGGCUACCCGAAGUUUAUCUCGCACGAGGAAAUCAAGAAGAGGAACUACAUCCGUGAUAACGCCAUCUUCCUCAAAGCUUCCAUAGAGAUUCCGCAAAAAAUCAUGGCAUGAGGCUUGCAUUGGUCGUUAAAAAUGUUUGUCUCCCUAUGGACCCUAAUUUUUUCCUUUCAAAAACCGUACUGACUCAUCUGUCUGGUUAUUUGACUGGCUUUAGGGACCUAUAUUUAAACGUGGAAGUGUUUGACCUGCAAACUCAUCACUUUGAAUUUGCUUUGUAACACUCUCUUCCUCAAUUUACAACAACGCCUUUGGACAUUCAGUAGUGCCUAGAACAUUUAUUUUAAUUUAAAUGUUAUUUUUCAAUUGUGACUCAUUUUAAAGAUUGAAGUGGACUGUGAAAGGCUGUUCAUAACCUUUGCACUUUGAGAAUGUUAAAUAUUCACAAAGUUUAACACAACAGCGGGCGGUACAUCUAUGCCGGUGUUCAACAUGCAUACACAAACAGUGUUUGUACCCUUUUGUGUACACAGUUUUGUCCACUGUUGGUUCUCUCAACGGUGGGAGUCAACAGAACCUAGCUUUCCUGUUUAACUUGUUUUAAGUAAACUAACAAUGGCUGUGAAGUAAAUGUAGCUAACUCUGUGUCGUAAGCUAGACAGGACUCCCACCUUCCAUUUGGGACCGCAGGAUUUCGUGUCAGGUUUUUUGCGAAAAUGAAAGAUUGUUCAGCUCAACUCGUGCACUCCGGAUCGAAAGCCAUGCGAGAUUGUUUACAUUCAAGAUCGGAUUGCAUUCACAUAUAAUUUUUUUUUUACCAUAACCUGUAUUUUUAUCCAGCAUGUGUUGAGAACGCAUUACGCCACGGUGGAUGAAAGGAACCAAAUUUUUUUAAUAUGUGAAAAAUGUCAUAAUGGGGAGGGUGCUUUGAAUGUGAACCCUGGACUCACGUGCUCGGUACGCUUUCUGUUCUUCGUAUUACGAUGCCGAUCACUGGCAGCUGUACAAAGACGCAGGCACUCGCCACGGCCGCCCCAAAGCGCGUCGGUACCUCAGGUGCGAGGGUGUCUGGUAACCACGGUCAUCCGUGCCUGCAAAAGCAGCAUGUGAACGAUAGGAAAGUUCUUCCAUGUGCCUGAGGAAGAUGAGUUUUGUGCAAUAUGGCUGCCGUUGCUCCAUACAGACCAGUGGAGGACUUUGUUGAUACUUACUAUAUAUGUGAAUACUAAUAAAAAAAUGCAAAAGCACAUUCUUCACGUUUUAUCCUGCUAUGAUACCAGCUAAUAUUUUGCAAUGAUUUUGAGAAAACCUGGAAAAAAGGCGUUUUUUUGCUGAGAUUCUGUAUUUUGCAAAGUAUUGCAGAUGUUUUCUACAACGUUUUCGGAAAUGAGUCGGAGAGCCUGUACAUUGACAUUUUUUAUGUUUUAUCUCCGUGGCAUUUGCUCGACCGUUUUGUUCGUCUGGUUUGGAUUUUACGUAUUAUGUCUGUAUUAUUUCCUCUUGAAAGUAUUUAUUUUAAUGCGCCGUGACAUCAGCUUGAUAUGAGAAAUGGUGCAGAUGUUUUUAUAUGUUGAGUCGAUGAUUGCUUGUCAAAUAUCACUUGAAAUAAAACAAUGUCUAUAUGA